GUCAUUCCUAUUUAUCUGCGCGAAGAAAAAUUGCUCGCUUGUUUUGCUACAAUGGCGACCAUCGCUGAGCUCAAAUGCGCCAUAAGAGAAACGCUGGAGUCUCGCGGAGUGCUGGGCCAACUGAAAGCUCGCAUCCGGGCAGAAGUGUUCGAUGCCCUCGAUGCCCAACGCGAACAGCGUCCGCCGCUGUCCCAUGAAAACCUAAUCAUCAAUGAGCUCAUCCGGGAGUAUUUAGAAUUCAACAAGUACCGACACACAGCCUCGGUUCUGACUGCAGAGUCUGGCCAGCCCCAAGUUCCCCUGGACAGACAGUUUCUGGCAAGCGAGCUGAGAGUUUCUGAAGAUAAGAGCUCCAAGUCAGUGCCUCUUCUGUAUGGUUUAGUGUCACACUUCUUGGUUAGCAGUGAUGAAGGAAGAAAGCUGUUCUUAAGAGGCACCACACAUCCUGGAGGCCACCUCUCCUAGGAACAAGGGAUACAGAGCUGACAGCGCACGAAACAAUUCGUGAUGGACCAAAACUAUUUGUGGCUUGCUCUCAGGUUUUUUUUCUCACUUAUUCCGCCAGCUGGAUGGGCGGGGCCCUGCGUUGGACGUGUGGACAUUAGGAGUAGGACUGCACAAUGUAUCGUUUGUACAAUGCCAUCACAAUGUGCCCUUGCGCAAUAGUCCCUUCGCAAAGCAUGCGAUUGUUUUUUAUUUAUUUAAUUUUUAACAUGGUAAGUUUUGUUUUGCUUCAUAAAAGCAGCAAGUGUGCAGAGACGUAUCUUCCUGAAUCCCUCUUAUAUAUACAACAAUCUUCUUCAUUCACAGAUGAACCCACUUAGCCUGGAUUAAUUACAUGAAUAUAAUGUGGUCAUGGUGAGUCACCAAGUCUUCCCAAACAGCUAUUCAAGUCAUCUAGUGAAAAUUCUUGUAAUUUUAAUUUAGCAAUAUAUCCCCCAAAAAGUCGCAAUGUUAUUUUUUUCCCAAUAUCAUUCAGCUCUAAUAAGGAGCGCAGUAUUUAAGGAUACCUUUCAAUAUCAGCUGUUGUCGGACUAUUAGCUUGCUUACCCCUGUGUGCGUCAUACAUCUCAUUAGAGUUCUCCUGCCUACAUACCUUUCUUAUUGUGAUCGUUUAGAUUUUUUGGUACAUAUUGCAAUUUCUUGGUUUUGACUUUUUUUGAUCGUUUUGCCAUCACCUUGUUUGCUCUCGUCGAUUCUGUUCGUGCUGUUUUUGUUCACAUUUUUCUUGUGUCUCUUGCCAUGCUCCCUUUUUUAACACUUUUUUUAUUGUCACAUUUUCUGGAGUGCUCCCGUGGUGGAUUUUUUUUUUUUUUUUUAUAUAUAUAUAUAUAUGAUGAUUAUAUGAAUGAUUCAUCGUCUCUGUUUUGGGAUCCCACCUUUAACGGCUUUCACAAAAAAAGUCAAUAUAAAGCAAUUAGACUAACUUUCUUCAAUCGUCAUGUUUUUCCACCUUUCAAAGAGCUCAAAGCGCUUAAAUGUUACAUCAGCGUAGAGCUCAUAAUUUUUUUUUUUUUUCAGGCAGUUACAUUCAUCUUCACGAAUUCAGUUCUUUGCUUUCAAGGAACACAGAGAAAAAAAAACAUUGAGCUGAAAAUUUAGCUGAUGUGACGUUUUUAUAAACAAAUUGUCACAUUAUGUUUUAUUAUUUUGCAUAAAAGUACAUUUUCUCGACUGUUCCCUUAAUAUUUUUUUUAUAUUCGCUAUUACGUUACAAAUAUUUGGUGAAUCCUUUCAAAGCAUUGUCCUUUUUGAAUACCACCGCACGGUGGCAGUAUUAUCUAAAAUGAGACAAAAGCAGCGUGUCCAAAGCAGUCCAAACUCCAAAGGUCUUUAUUAUUAAAGGACAUAAAUUUAAUAAGCUGAAAACUUUUUAUUUGAUCUAUUACAUAAUUUACAAACAAAGAUCAAAUUAGUUUGUAAACACCUGGCAACAAUGAUCCAAUUGGUUGUAAGUUUGUGUUUGGUUUUGAUCCCUACAAUAACACUCUUUUAUGGUCUGGUCUUGCAUUAUUUGUCCUGUUUAAACACCAUAAUCAUGAAAUAAACCCCUGCUUUUUAAAGCUUGUGAAUUUUAAUGCCUCGUCAUCCACUAACCCAAGGUCACAAGGACCUGGAAUCAAACCCAGAAGCAUCAUGGAAAGGGCAGCCUACUCCGUAGACUGGUUACCAGUCAAUCAAAGUGCGCAUAUACAGUACAGAUUAAACCAUUUUCCAUAUAUGAAGAAAGACUUGAAAGCUCUCUUUAGAAAAAUUUCCCAGUUUGGCUGUCCAGUAAUUGGAAUGUGAAAUUCUGACUAGUUUGCUCAAAUUUAUUGCAAAUUUUGUCAGCAAAAUUUUAAUUUAAAAAACCUAUGUCGAUCAGUUGUUUUGAGGGAAAGUGAAUUACACAGGGUGAUGCUGCACUAAAAACACUCAGCACAACAAGCCCACGGCUUUUGCAUUUCUUCCUCCCUGCCCAUUUAAGGGAACCUGACAUUCUUAUCGCACAGUUCCUUGAACUGGUUAUUUACAGAGCAAACCAUUUACUUCAGCAUGAUCAUCAAGAGUAAACGGAGAUAAGUUCUCAAUAAGAUAAUUCAACUCUCAACAGUUUUGAAAUUAUACUGAAUCAGCCAUUGCUGCCGCUUCCUAAUUUUUUUACGUAAACAUCUACAGAAAUCAUGGACCUUGUUUUGAAAGAAUUUGAGAGCUCUGACUUCCUUGCCUUCAUACACCUCUAGGAUGAACUGGAUUGUGGGUCCCGUGAUCUCCAAAUCUAUUUUCUCACCAAAGGCCAAAUCAAUGUUGACGUGUAACAAAGUUUCUGAUCACCACUACGCCGCUUUAAGAGCAACCCUUAUUUGCAGAAGUAGAGUCCCCUAAUUUAUUGGCGGUUGAUAUGAGCGCUUGCUUGUAAAGGGCUAUAUAUGCGAAAGGAGAUAAACAGUGGUUGGUCAGUUGGCAGUUAGCCGUAUAAUUGAUGUUACUGUGCCUCCACACUAUAAAAGAGUUGUGUGUUAGAGACAGUUGUAUAAAUAUUAAAUGAAGUGUUCUUUGACUAUAAAACUGUGUUCUUGUUUGCCCUUGGGCUCGAACGAAUUCCAUGUGGGUCAAACAUUCUCAAAUAUAUUUUAAAGUAGAUGGCCUUUUAUGGUGCUAAUGAUGAGGGAAGAACAUGUCAUAUUUUUUCCCAAUCUAUUCAUUUUCUGCUCUGAUUUUAUAUUUAGCCUUAAAGUUUUCAUGUAAUUGAUAUAGCAGCCAUAGAUGUUUACUUGUUGUAUGGUGGAAGUAGACUUGAAAUGGAACUGGAGGUCAAAAUGGGCUCAAACUAAAGAGCAAUGUUUGUGAAAUUGUGCCACACCAAAUUGAAUAUUUUUAGCAAAAUAAAUAGUGUCGAAGGCAUCCACACAUAACUGACUUGUGUUCAGAUGCACUGUGAUUCAUUCAUUAUCCUUUUCACAAUUGCCAUCUAAUUUACGGUCAACCUGUACUAAAUCUGUAACAUUAGUUGGAUCUACUUUUUAAUACAAUAGCCACAACAACAAAUAUUGUUUAAGUGUCGAUUAAUAACAUCUGUGGUUUCGGCACCAACUACUGCAACUAAUGCAUUUAAUUAUUUUUAUCUCUUUGGAUUCACAAGUGAGCAACCCUAUCCUGUCCGACUUGACGCAUGUGGUAUGGUCACCUGUUCGUCUGUAACAGCUCACUGGUUGGGAACUAUUAGAUAAAAAUCAAAUCUUCUGCCGGGAGCAGAUAACUAUACCUCUACUAUUGGCUAUAAUUCACCUGUCAUCAAUCACACCUACCGAAACUCCAAGUAAAAUCAGUUAUCCAUACUGAUGUCCAGUCAUUUAUAGUAUUGAUUCACUAUUGUCUGUGGACCAUAUUUAGUCACUGGGGCUCUUGGUGUUUGUCUACACGACACUUCGAAAGUAACAGAGAAAGCUGCCGGGAUUCCAAACAGAACCUCUCUCCUUAUAUGGCACACACAGCAACUUCUGUUCAGUGUAUCUCCUACUUUACUUGCCUCCACCUCUGCCGCCCUGCCCUCAUGUCUCAUUCGUUAUCCCUCCCUAUUCCUUGUAAGCUCGACCCACCUUCCAAAUCGGAGUGCAUCGCGGCUGCCUCCUUGAUGUUGGCCAGAGGGUGUGCUGAGGUCCUCCAUGUAGGUCCAAACACCUACACACACAAACGUACUUCCACUCCUUGGCCCAGAACAGGCUCUGGCUAUCAACUCACACCUUGAUUUAUUGGAGCAAACAGUACAGUGUCCUUAUAAAGGAAGUUCCACUGGAAAGACGAUGGAAAGAGGGCGGGGAGGUAUUGUAGGCUGUAGGAGCUGGAGUCCCACUCUUUGUGGUAGUGGAAUUUAAAGAUCUGCAUACACACACAUACACAGUGAGACUGGGAGACUCGCCAUUUAAAUUAUGGGUUUGUUUACUGAGGUCUUUCUGGACUUUUGUCAAGGGGGAUUCCUGUAAAAGGGACAGCUGACUCGCCUUAUGAGGAGUGAAUGUUGGUUGCAUAAUCUAUGGACUAUGUUUAGACCAUGUGACAUCCAUUCAUUCUCAUCAAUGUGAAAAUUCAAUAUCAUCAAUCUAGCCACGCUGAAAUUAACUCCGUGCCUGCAAUCAGGGGCGCUGCCAGGGAUUUUGGGCCCCAUGAAAAGAUAUCACUUUGGGCCCCACCACCUGUGCCAGGGGACGGACACACAUUUAGAGUAUCAACUACGUAAUUUCCUGCAUUCUGGUGAAUCUUUACACCCUUAUUUAUGCAUUUUCUGCAUGAAUUUAAGAAGAAAAUAUAUUCAUGUAAACAUACAGCGUAUAGAGCAAUAAUGAAUAGACUGAUAUCAUCUAUAAAAAAUGUACUGAAGGCCAUCUUUUACAAUCUAAAUAUGUUUAUAAGAAAUAUUCUCAGCGCAAAUACCAUAAUGAAUGACUUAGAUGUUUUGUUUUAACUUAACUAUACUACAGUAUACAGUAUACAACUUUUUUAGUAUGAAGAGAUUGCUAAGGGUUUGCCUGCUGUACUGAUUAAAUGUAAGCUAAAAGUGGAACAAACACUAGCUAGCAAACAAUUACGGUAUUUCAUUAUGGAGUAGGCUUAGCCUCAUCUGGAAACUCGCGAUCUCCACUAUAGGCUACAGCUCCGAAGCGACGUCCCUUGUUAACAAACUAAAUUCAUUUGAUGACAAACUAAAUUCAAUAAAUUCUUGACAAACUGGAUUCAAGCCGAUUCUAAAAAAAAAAAAAAAAUUCCACACCAACUUUCAACAUCUGUAUGAUACCAAAAAAUGCCGUCAUGAGGCCGGGAAUCCCGUAUUUCUUACGGAGUGAGCUGGGACCUCGCUUCGGAGCUAAGGUAACAGGUUAAUUUUCAGCGCUACACUGACACAAGACACCAACCUUCCUUUGUGAAGUACUUUGUCACAUCCUGUUGGCCUUCUCUACCCAUCUCCUGUUUUGCUUUCUUUUCUUUCCUCUUUUGAAAACACGAUUUUUGUUUUGAAAACAUUUCUGCACUACUGUGCUCUGCGCGCUUCGAGUCAUUGACUGGUGUAAGUGUGCAUCGCUGCUCCCGUUCUGAUUGAAGAAAGGGCGGACCAAACCAUUUAAUGAAAAUACAGGGUUUUGGGGGGGUGGCUAGCAAUACAUAUGCUCUCUGGGUGUUUACUUUUUGCCAAAAACAAAACAAGAAAACAAAGCCCUUCAUUUUAUACCUAUUAAAAUUAUAAUUAUUAAUAUUUAAAUUUGCAAACGAUUACCUAAUGUUAUAAUUUUCUUUGUGGGCCCCC